AUGAGCAGCGAAGGAGGAAGUGUGAGAAGAGUCUCAAGGAGGGGCACAGGAAGAGGAACUAGAGGUGGAGGUCGUGCUCGAGUGAGAGCUGUAGAAGACCUCGAGACGGGUGUUAUAGCGGCAGGAAACCCUGGAGUCAAUGCUGGAGCUGCAGUAGACCCCAGAAUGGAACAAGUGAUUGAAACCCUAAGAGAAAUAGGGAAUGUCAUGGGCAGACAGGCCCAAGAUAGAGCAACAGUCAUUGCUGAGGCUACUGGAGCUGCAGCAGCCGCUGCCAUCAAUGGGAAUCAAGCUCAAGCCCGGCAAGCUCAAGCUCAACCAAUGGUAGCAGCUAGACCAAUACACCAGUUGGUGGAACAGUUUCUUAAGCUGAAACCGCCCAAGUUCACGGGCAGAGGUGACCCAGAGACCGCCCCACGUUGGGUGGAGGAGUUAGAGAAAGCAUUCGACUUGUUAGGAUGUACUGAGACAGAAAAAAUUUCGUUGGCGACUUACCAGCUGCAAGAUAAUGCACACGACUGGUGGAAGGCAGUUAAGGAUAGAGUAUUUCCAGAAAAUAUGGAACAGACCUGGGCAAUUUUUGUCGAGCAUUUCUAUGGGCAGUUUUUCUCAGAGAGUGCCCAGGAGAAGAAGAUGGCGGAGUUCAUGAGACUUCGUCAGGGGUCGAUGACAGUAGUUCAGUACGAAGCAGAGUUCACAAGACUGUCCAGAUUCACCCCAAGGAUGGUUGAGAAUCCGCUGGAUAAAGCUCGAAGAUUCCGGGAUGGACUGAAGUCGGAUCUUCGUACCCAGAUGCUUUUACUGAAUAUCAAAGAUUACAGAGAAUUGGUGUUAGUAUCAUUGGGGUGCUUGGACUGUAAAAUCGUGAUUGGGAAUGUAGAGGAAAGGAUUGAUUUGGCUGUGUUAGCCAUGUAUAAUUUCGAUGGAAACCGAGGAGGAACCUCAAUCCCUUGGAUCUCCUCAGUAGAGGCAACUGAGAUGCUCGAAGAAGGUUGUGAGGGAUAUUUGGUUAAUGUUAAGGAUCCGACCUUAGCGGAACCCAAGUUGGAAGAAAUCCCUAUUGUGUGCAAUUUCCCCGAGGUUUUCCCUCAGGAAUUGCCAGGCUUACCGCCAGAACGGGAAGUGGAGUUCGUAAUAGAAUUGGCCCCAGGUACUGAACCGAUUUCUAAGGCCCCAUAUCGGAUGUCCCUAUCGGAGUUAAAGGAGUUGAAAGUCCAAAUGCAGGAACUAAUUCGGAAGGAGGAUAUACCCAAGACUGCAUUUAGGACGAGGUAUGGGCAUUACGAGUUUACAGUCAUGCCAUUCGGUUUGACGAAUGCCCCUGCAGCUUUCAUGGAUCUGAUGAACAGAGUUUUUAAGGAAUUCCUGGACCAGUUCGUCAUUGUGUUCAUCGACGAUAUUCUAGUAUACUCGAAGAGUCCAGAAGAACAUGAAGUGCAUUUGACUGAAGUAUUACGGACGUUGAGGGAGCACGCACUUUAUGCGAAGUUCAGCAAAUGCGAGUUCUGGCUUAGCAAGGUAGCAUUCCUUGGACAUAUUGUAUCGGGAGAAGGAAUAUCCGUGGAUCCAACUAAGAUUGAGGCAGUACUUAAGUGGCCCAGACCGACAUCGGUGACGGAAAUCAGGAGUUUCUUGGGAUUGGCCGGUUAUUAUCGACGUUUCGUGGAAGGAUUCUCGUCGCUAGCCAUGCCAUUAACGCGAUUACUGAAAAAAGAGGUUAAGUUUGAAUGGGAUGACAAGUGUGAACGAAGCUUUCAGGAACUUAAGCACAGACUGACAACAGCUCCAGUCUUAACUAUUCCAUCUGGACCUGGUGGAUUUGAGGUCUACAGUGAUGCUUCACUCAGGGGACUCGGUUGUGUACUAAUGCAGCAUGGAAAAGUAGUUGCAUAUGCGUCACGUCAGUUGAGAUCACACGAGUCGAACUAUCCGACGCAUGACCUAGAGUUGGCUGCCAUUGUUUUUGCACUUAAAAUCUGGAGACAUUAUUUAUGUGGGGAAAAGUUCCAGAUUUAUACGGAUCAUCAGAGCCUCAAAUAUCUAUUUUCGCAAAAAGAGCUAAAUAUGAGGCAGCGUAGAUGGAUGGAACUUCUGAAAGAUUAUGAUUGCAACAUCAUGUACCACCCUGGAAAGGCGAAUCGAACGGCCUUGGGAACAAAAGUGCAGUUCAGUACAGCUUACCAUCCACAGAUUGACGGUCAAUCAGAAAGGACGAUUCAGACCCUC